CAGAGGAUGAGAGCCCACAUGGAGAAGCCAGACACAGCUGGCAUCAACUGCCAGACAUGUGCGAGAGGUCAUCUUGUGCCCCACCCCAGGCCCCGUUGAGCCACGUGGUGACCUUGUCAUGAGUGGUGCCCGGUGAGGUCAGCAGAAUGACUGCCCAGAUUGGCAUCACACAGAAUCAUGAGGAAGAAUAACAUCUUUGCUUUCAGCCACUGUGUUGGGAUGGCUCAGUAUGCAGCGAUACGUAAUACGACAUUUCGGUGCAUAUUUGGAAGUAAUGAAACUCUCCACUUGGGCAUCAGGACCUCCUGUCACAAGAAGCAAUGCUGCCCCGCUGGGAACUGUCUUUCUACCUGCUUGCCUCACUCGGCUUCCACUUCUAUUCUUUCUAUGAAGUUUACAAAACCUCCAGAGAACAUGAAGAGCAGUUGGACCAAGAGUUUGACCUGGCGAUGGGCACUUUGUUUGGAGGAUUAAAGAAGGACUGGACCGACUUUGAGUGGAGCUUCUGGAUGGAGUGGGGGAAGCAGCGGCUGGUGUGGCUUCUCCUUGGCCACCUGGCUGUGUCGCAAAUGGCCAACCAGAUUGCAAGGAAGCACAGACCCUGGAUCCUCACCGCCUACGGAAUGUGGGCCUGCUGGUGUGUGCUGGGGGCCCCGGGGACUGCCAUGAUCUUCCUCCACACCACCAUCUCCUUCUGCGUUGCCCAGUUCCGGUCACUGUUCCUGUCAUGGCUCUGUUCUCUCCUCCUGCUCUCCACGCUGAGGCUGCAAGGUGUGGAGGAAAUUAAGAGAGGGUGGUACAAGACAGAAAACGAGUACUACCUGCUGCAGUUCACGCUGACCGUCCGCUGCCUGUACUACACCAGCUUCAGCCUCGAGCUCUGCUGGCAGCAGCUGCCCUGUGGGCGCACCUUCUACUCCCUGCCCUGGAUGAUGGCCUACGUGUUCUAUUACCCAGUCUUCCACAACGGGCCCAUCCUCAGCUUCCCGGACUUCAUCAGGCAGAUGCAGCAGCGGGAGCGCUGCCCGCUGCGGGUCAGCCUCGCCGUCCUGGCCCGGGGGCUGGGCCACCUGCUGCGCUGCUGGUACCUGGCGGAGCUGAUGGUGCACCUCAUGUACAUGCACGCCAUCUACAGCAGCGCCCCGCUCCUGAGCGCCGUCUCCUGCUGGACCUUGGGAGGACUGGCGUUGGCCCAGGUGCUCUUCUUCUACGUGAAGUACUUGGUGCUCUUCGGCAUCCCGGCUCUGCUCAUGCGCCUGGACGGACUCACGCCGCCACCCCUCCCUCGCUGUGUCAGCACCAUGUUCAGCUUCACUGGCAUGUGGAGGUAUUUUGACGUUGGACUUCACGAUUUCUUAAUCAGGUAA